AUGGUUGAUCCGAGCCUGUACCAGGGAAGCAUGGCGGAAGCGGACAUGCAGAUGGACGGCGACGAGGACGAGGUGGCGAGCAACAUCUCAGCCGACUCGGACGCGCUCGAGCUGCGCGCCGAGGUCGAGCGGUUCGACCUCCAGCAGGAAGCCUUCGUCGCCCGCCAGAGAGCCGAAGCGGCCGGGUUGCCGUACCAGCCACCAGGGCGCACCAAGGCGGCCGGCCAGGGGCGCAAGCCCAGGAAGAGGGUGCACGGCCCGCGCAAGCCGGCCAAGCUGCCGCCGGACAUCCAAUUCCGCAUGUCCCUCGCGACCGAGGCGUUCGAGCGGAAGGACUACGACAGGACCGUUGCGCAUCUGUCCGAGAUCAUCCGCAUCAACAGCGAGGUGUUCAACGCGUGGAUGCUGCUGUCGACGGUGCACGAGACGCUGGGCAACCGCGAGCAGGCCAUCUGGUGCCGCAUCACGGCCGCCCACCUUACGCCGCGCGACGUGGCGCAGUGGAUCAGCACGGCCGAGUACGCGCUCGAGUGCCUCGAGGAACUCGAGGAUGGCACGCCCGAGAAGGACGAGGUGCUGCAGCGCGCCUAUGCCUGCUACACGCAGGCGCUCGAGACGGACCGCUCCAACAUCAUCGCCCGCACCGGCCGGGCCGACGUCAUCAUGAUGAAGGGCAACGCGAGCAAAGCGCUGACCGAGUACCAGAAGGCGCUGAACUACAAGCCGUGGAACAUCCGCACCGUGCGCAACAUUGCCGACGUCGCCCUCGAUGUCAAGGACCGGCGCAGGGGGGCGGAUAUCGCGCGCGGCGCCUACCGCAGGUUGAUCGACCAUCUGCAGGCGACGGGGACUUUCGAGGCCGAGGAGGGUCGGUUCGAGUGGUCGGAUCUGCGCAUCUAUCUCGAGUUCUUCACGACCCUGGAGCAGUGGCAGGAGGGCGCCCGGGAGCUCAAGGAGAUUGCGCGCUGGCUGCUGGGGCGGAGGGCCGAGCGCUACUGGGACGAGUGGGUGGACGAUGACAGGGAGUGGGACAUCCACGACGACAGACGGGUGGUGGUGCCCGGCUUUGAACCCGCGCGGUUCCCUCAGGAGAGCUAUGGUCGGGGGAUGCCCGUUGACUUGCGGGCGAAGCUGUAUGUCUACCGGAGCAGGCUGGGGCUGGAGCACGAGGCGGAUCUGCACCUGCAGUUACUCGACCCUGCGCGGGAAGAAGACUUCAUGGAUUUUCCGGACUGUCUCAAAGACAUCGCCGUCACGCUUCUCGAUCGUGACAGGGCCGACCAGGCGAUCCGCUACUUAGACCUGUACCGGCACAUAGCAACCUCGACCGGAGAGAUCGCCCUGGAUGCCGACUUCUCCGUCUGCCAGGGCCGUUACCACAUGGCGCGGGGCGAGAAGGCCGCGGCCGAGGAGUGCUUCAUUGCGGCCAUCGAGGAGGACGAAGACCACAUCGAGGCUCGCAUACAGCUGGCAAACAUGUACGAGGGCGAGGGAUUGCAGGAAGGCCGGGAGGAGGCGUUCCUGCUGGUGAGAGAAGCCUUGAACCUGGAUGCCAGCGGGACUCGGCGACGACGCGGUCCGCGGAAGCCCAGAGAGGGACCCCCUCGGCCGCGGAGGCCCAGGGACCCGAAUCGGAAGUCAAACUACAUCCACCGGCGCCUGAUCAACGCCGAGAAGAGGAGGGAGCAGGAGCUCAAGAUGGCGGCUGAGGCGGCCAGAAACUUCCAGCGUCUGCAGGAGGUGCAGGACCGCGCCCUGGCAGGCGACGAGCAGGCCACGGCCGAGUGGAUGCAGGCGGCCAAGCUGCUCAUUGACGACUUCCGAUCAUACAAGCAGUUCUAUCCGUGGGAGAAGUACAUCAAGUUCCUAGGCUACGCUCCGCUGGUGCAGGGCCAAGCCGCUGUGCCGGCUCGGAACUUCAAGUUGGCGGCGAUGGAAGAGCGGCUGCGACAGAAGCUCGCGCCCGCCGAAGGCCAGGACCAGACGGCUCGCCCGCCGGCCAGAGUGCUCCCGCAGAACCAUCGCGGCAUCUCGUUCGACAGGUGGCUGGACAUCUUCCUCAACUACGCCUUCAGCCUCGUCCGCGCGGGCCAGCACCGCGAUGCGUACGUCGUCUGCCACGCCGCGCGCGACUCCAUCGUGUGGACCGCGCCCGACUCUGCCUUUCUCAUCCACGUCGCCUGGGCCUCGUGCGCCGUCUACGCGGGCGACGAGGAGACGUGCGUCGCCAUCGCGCGCUACUUCAUGCGCGACUACAUGCCGGGCACCGACUCGUACCGCAUGUUCUCGGCCAUGUGCCGCGUCUGCCAGACGCCCGUGUCGUGGUACACGUCCGGCCCGGCGCAGAAGUUCAUCCUCCGGCAGAUCAAGACCAUGGACAACAUCGUCAUGCGCAAAGGCGACAACAACAACACCGCCGUCGCCGCGCGCUCCGAUGGCCCUAGGUCCGACGACGACCCCGACAUCGCGCUCGACGUUGCCCUCCUCACCAUCUACGGCCACAUCCUCUUCACCACCACGUCGUACACGUACGCACUGAGCUACUUCGCCCGCGCCGCCUCGCUCGACCCGUCCAACCCGCUCAUCAACCUCAGCACGGGGCUCGCCUACAUGCACUACGCCCUCAAGCGCCAGGCCAACAACAGGCAGUACCUGCUGACGCAAGGCUUUGCCUUCCUGUUCCGGUACUACCACGACCGGCUGGCGAACGCCCGCAGCUUACCCGACGAGGACGCGGCGGCAGCUCAGAGACAGGAAGCGCAUUUCAACAUCGCGCGGGCCUACUCGCUAAUUGGGUUGGGAAGCCUGGCGGUCGAGUAUUACAGGAAGGUGCUGGGCGAGGUGGCGCCGGGAAAGACGGGCGUCAUGGGCAGCGAGGACCUCACGGUCGAGGCGGCCUUCAACGUGCGCACGCUGUGUUAUCUGCUGGGGGAUGUGGAGGGGGCGAGGGCAGUCGCGGUGCGGUGGUUGGUCUUGGAAUGA